CAGGGAAACGCCUCACGAACAAUUUAAAGAAAAGAAACAGUUUUGUCAUGUCGUACUGAAUAGAACUUGAUCGACGCGACAGUGUUUGUGCUGAUUAAAAAAGCGCUUCACGUCACAUUUAGAAUAUAAAAGCAGACGGGUUCCCGGAUGUUGUGGAAAACCAAGGCCUGAUUGUUCUGCAGCACACGUGUGAAACAUCUCAGGGCUUUCAGGAGAGUAGAAGUGUGUCUGGAUGAGCAGAAGUCAUGUUCGGCUCAUCGAGAUCUGGAGGCGUUAGAGGGGGUCAGGACCAGUUCAACUGGGACGACGUGAAGGUGGAUAAACACAGAGAGAACUAUUUGGGGAAUUCCCUCAUGGCACCGGUGGGCCGGUGGCAGAAAGGGAAGGAUUUGACGUGGUACGCCAAAGAUAAGAAGGGUGGCGCAUCUCUGUCUAAAGAGCAGGAGAUGGCAGCGGUACGGGAGGCGGAGCAGGAGGCCAUGUUAGCAGCGCUAGGUCAUAAAACAGUCAAGAGACAACCAACCGGCCUUACCAAAGAGGAUCUUGCGGAUGUGUGCCGGAGGGAAGGGGAGGCGGAUGAACGGGACGUGGACAGGGUCUCUGGGCUCGGAAGCUCCAGGGCUGGCCCGAGAGGAAUGGUGCUUUCCAAACAAGAGAAAGAAGCAGUAAAAAUGGGUUUGCCAGUUUUCACGCACCACAAAGCUGAUAGUUCGCAAGAAGCCAGUAAGAAGCCUGAGGAAGCCCACAGACCUGAUAAAGAAGAUAAAAGAUCUGACAGAAAAAAGAAGAGUAAAAAGGAAAAGAAAAGCAAGAAGGAAAAAAAGAAGAAAAAAGAGAAGACGAAGCACAGAAGCAGAAGUGACUCUUCAGAUUCAGACUCCGAAAGCUGCAGUAAAAGGCGGAGAAAAGAUCCCCGGGACCAGCAUGGUCCUAAUCCAUCAAGGAGCAGUCAGAGUGGAGCCGCAGCCCGUGACAGCCAUUCAGGAGGGGGGCCAAAGGCCGACCACAGGACCCUGACCCCCCCGCACCAGCACCGCCGCCGCCGGCACGACUCGGACUCGUCCUCUGACGGCCACCGCGCUGGCCGCGGCUCCCCGGCACACAGCUACCGGCGGCGCCAUGAUAGCAGCUCAGACGACUGAUGCCCCGCUAUCCACACCUCCUCACCCUGAGAACGGAUCCGGUUGCCUCUUUGUCAGACUCUGGACAACUCAGGCCACAAGACAUGGCAGACGUGUGAAAAUCUGUGUGUGUGGCAGACUGAUGAGGAUUUCUGGGUGCAUUACACUUAUCCUGUAAAUGUAGAGUAAAACACUGUUGGAUUUGGUGUGUACAGUACUCAUUCUGGACACAAAGUGCAACUGCAUUUCCUUUAGUAACUUUUUAAGGUUGCUUCUCAGGAAAUAUGUCUUUGGUCACAUUUCAUCAAAUUUUGGCUCAAGAAAAUGAAGCUUGAUUAAGGCUAUUCAAAUUGAUCAUCAACAUUUUUGACAUAAUUUCCCCCCAAAAUACUUGAUUAAAAAUGAUUAAAACGCAAUUUGUUGUACUGAAUUUGUGCUAAUUCAAAAAAAAAAAAAAAAAAAAAAGGAUUUAAAAAAAAAAAAUGUAUUAUAGCAAUCAGAAAAAAAUAGAAUCAAAAUUUGAAACAACAAAAAAAUAAAUUUGGAGGUAAAAUUAGGAAACAAUUGUCAUGAAAAUAAUAUCACAAUGCAAAAAAAUUUUAGUAGUCGUAAAUAUAGGCUUUGAAAUCUAAUUUUUUUGUCUUUGAUGCAUAAAGAGAAAACGCAGCAGACGUGAACACUUUUUAUUCUUGUAUAUGUUUAGUGCAAUAAACCGUUUUUUUUU